AUGAACCUAUUAAAGAUCUUGGACGGGACACCCGAACCUCACAUCAUUGAUUUGUAUCUUGAUCGAGUCAAUGAAAGUGGUGAUUAUCAUCUUGCAACUCCCAUGUAUGACUUUCAAAAGGAACUCACUGACCUGAUUGUAUCACUUCACUAUUCAGAUAUCUUAAAGUAUUGCGAGACAAAUGAUUCCAGUGAUCUUAUCAUUAAAUCCCUUGAGAUCUGUAUCAAUAACUGUAUGUUGGUCAGCAGUCAUCCGUAUCUUCUUAUUAAUCAUUAUAUGCCCAAGAAUUUGGUUCUGAAGGGUAUGUCAAAUAAGAUCGCUGAGACUUCGGGGAAAUUUAGUGUACUUAAAGACUUGAUCAAUGUUAUCGUUAGAAACCGUUCCGUCGAACCAAAGGAAAUUGGUAUAGUCAUGAAUAAUAAUACAAAGCUUUUCGAUUUGGUUGAAGCAGUCUUGGUGGGGUGUACCAAACUGGGUCAACUUAAACGUUAUGUGGGAAACUAUGUAAAAAAGGAGUCUUCAAAAGUUGGAAAGAAUAAUAAUAAUAUUAAUAGUACCAGUAAUAACAAUACUAUUAAUACUGCUGUAAAUAAUGGUUCAGCUUCUAAUGGCUAUAAAAUGGGUGGUAGUGGUUCGACAUUUCACUUGAUUCCACAUGAUGGUGCAUUGACUAGAGAUGAGGCCAGAUUGUCACAGCUCAGCUUUGAUGCACUUAUAGUUUUUGAUGGAUACGUUGAUACCAAAAGUGUCUUUUUCACUAAACUUCGAACUCAAAAUAGAAGAGGUGAAGCUUGUAUCAUACGGUUAGUACCUAUGAAAACCAUCGAACAUGUUCAAUUGUAUUAUAAAGAUAAGAAAGAUGAUAAAGAUUAUCUUUAUAAUUUGAUUUCAGCCAUAGUGUGUCUUCGAGAUUUCAUAGGCAAUUUACCUCCUGAUUUGGUACCGAUUUAUAACCAAAACUUGAAUUAUUUGUCUGAAACAUUUUUUAAUAAGCUAUUCCAAGCCAAUAAUAAGACCAUCACAAGUUAUCCUGAAUGGCCAUUGCCUGAUUUGCCCAAGAUUCAUAAGUUUAGUUCUGCAGAUGUGGAAAGAUCCUUAUUGACUGAAGUACAUUAUCAUUAUACUCCAUAUGAUAGUAAUAAUGGAGGAGGGGAUGGGAAUAAGGAUGAUCUUGAUAAAUCUUCAACCAAUAAACGAAGAAAGGAAACUUAUUAUGAAUUGAAAAGACUUCAACUGGAUUAUGUUACUAAUCCGUUAAAGAAUGAAAUCAAUGAACUUAUAGGUAUUCAAUCUCAUGCUGCUAUCCCACCACCAAAGAAUAAUCAUUUACUUACUCAUACGAUAUUAUUCCAAUUGAAUACGGCAUAUAUGGAAUUAAAACUUGCAAGGGAGGAAGAGGAAUGUUAUAGGCAGUUUAAUUCCGAUCACGUUCAAACUAAUCGAUUAGGGAGAAGAGCCUUAGAACUCAAGCGAGUUUUAUCCAAGGUUUUAGAUGAAUUAAACCAUUGUGAAUCUCGAAUCACGAUUUUCAAUAAAAAGAUUAUUAAAAGAACUGAAGAAAAUGAAUCUACUUUGGGUGUGAUUGGAGAAAUCACCAACAAAUUGGAGAAUUUCACAGAAGAAAAUGAAAUUACCAAUAAAAAGGCUUUGACAUAUAUCUCUAAUCAAUUGAAGAUAUGGAAUCUUCAACAAGAAUUGAGUCAAUCAUUGGAUAAAAUUAAUCUGAAGGCUGAAGAAAGGAAAUAUAUGGAGAAAGAAAUAGACAAUGCCAAACUUGCCAUUGAAGAUUCCAAACUUCAAAUCCAAAAAGUUGAGCAAGAUAUAAAAAAUACGAAGACGAAAUACGAUAAUAUUGAAGUUGAGGUUGAAGUAGAACAUAAGAAGUUUAAGAAACAGAAAACAGAUUUGAUGGAACGACUUCAAGAAGUCAAAGAUUCUAAUCAAAGUUUAAAGAAUCGAUUAAGUUAUAAUGUACGAUUUUUACGAGACACUGCUCAUUUAAAGAAACGGAAAGGAAGAGGACUAACUCCAGGCAAGUAA